AUGGGCGCCUAUCUCUAUGGGCGCCUAUCUCUAUGGGCGCCUAUCUCUAUGGGCGCCUAUCUCUAUGGGCGCCUAUCUCUAUGGGCGCCUAUCUCUAUGGGCGCCUAUCUCUAUGGGCGCCUAUCUCUAUGGGCGCCUAUCUCUAUGGGCGCCUAUCUCUAUGGGCGCCUAUCUCUAUGGGCGCUUAUCUCUAUGGGCGCCUAUCUCUAUGGGCGCCUAUCUCUAGGGGCGCCUAUCUCUAGGGGGGCGCCUAUCUCUAGGGGCGCCUAUCUCUAUGGGCGCCUAUCUCUAUGGGCGCCUAUCUCUAUGGGCGCCUAUCUCUAUGGGCGCCUAUCUCUAUGGGCGCCUAUCUCUAUGGGCGCUUAUCUCUAUGGGCGCCUAUCUCUAUGGGGCCUAUCUCUAGGGGCGCCUAUCUCUAGGGGCGCCUAUCUCUAG